AUGGUAGAGCCUGCUACUGGUCAUACAACUACCAAUCAUGGUCCGGCCAACGUCUUCACGGCUUUGAACGAGCCCUCUCGAGAAGCUCGCAUUCUCGCGUCCGAGGAGAAGAAGGGUCAGCCCAAGGAUAACACUUCAGCAACGAACUCGAACGACCAACCGGACUCCGGAGGUAACUCGGCCGUCACGCAGAAUAGCACAUCGCCGCCCGAUGCUCCGCCCCCGGAGCAGCGACCCACCCGGCCGCGGGAUUUGGAUCCCGACCGGCUACAGAAUCCAACUGAAAACAUGGACUACAUCCGGCAUCUGGGCCUCGCACCUCCUCACUUGACGGGCCUCGCAACUUACGAUGACGUCUCUCCUGACGCGGAUGGCUGGGUUUACCUCAACCUGCUGUGCAAUAUGGCCCAGCUUCACAUGCUCAACGUCGCUCCCGACUACAUUCGCACCGCCGUCUCCGAGAGGAGCACAAAAUUUCAGCUGUCGCCAGAUGGCCGUAAGAUCCGCUGGCGUGGAGGUAUGGAGGGAACCAAGUUUAGCAGUGAUAGUUCUGGAGACACGUCUCAGAUGAGUCGCUCGGACGAAUCCGAAGAGGCCGAGGCGGAUGGCCAGCGGAAGAAGCGCAAAGUCACACAACAAUCCAAGAGCGGUCACCUGUCCACUUCGUCGGGGAAGCAUACGUCAGACUCCAAACUGGGUCACCAGAUUUCUUCGGCCGACAGUUUCCACUACAAGCCUAUGUUCCUGCAUCAAUCAUCCUCUGCCGAGCAGACAUCUCUGGAUGACACCGGAUCUUCAUUCGGUGCCGGCGGUGAGGAUAGCAACAACGGCGAAUCGCGAUGGGGAAACAGCGGAUCUGGUUCAACCCGUCGAAAGAGGAAGCGUCUGGAUGGAGCCAUUAUCUACUACAGCGGAGCGCCUUUCUGCACUGAUUUGUCUGGAGAUCCCGGCGAUUCGUCUCCUUCAUCUUACAUUACUUCGACUGGUCAAGAGCAGCAGCAAUCUACCGGUACCGGAUUCCUCAGACCUGAUGCGCCUCAUCGCACCGACUCAGGCUCAGCACUUCCGUAUCGACCACUCAGCGACGGAAGAAAAGUUCCUAGCGUUGCCGUAGGGACUGAGGAGACCGAUUCUGACAUUGAUGUGGAACUCGAAGCCGAAUUCCCUUGGUCGGAUGCUCCUCAAAAUACUCCGCAAAUCAUACUGGAAGCAUGUGGACUCAGCGGCGUAAUUCCCGAUGACCAUUUCACCGUCAUUGCAACAACCAGGCGCGCGAAGAAAGAUCCUGCUACGACUUCGUGCAAGCUACGGCCAGAGGAUGUCCCGGAUCUGGUGCAUCGAAUCACAUCGCCCUUCAACUCGUCGUCCACCCAGGUAUUGGGUCAGCCGCAAACCACGACGGCCUCGCCCCGCAGCAACAUUCAGUACACAGCAAGAACCGUCAAGAAGUUGAACCCUGCGCCACUGCCUCCUCCGGGAAUGUACUUCGCUUUUGAUAGUGACUCGGAUGAAUCGGAAUCAUCCGACUUGGACACUGAUCUGGACCCUGAGCCCAGGCCUUCGAUCGGCACCCGUGCACUCCCGCAUGUGUUCGAGAACACCUACCCUGAAGAUGAAGAGAUGACCAGCGGAGACGAGGAGGGAGAGGAGCCGGAUGAUGGGGAUGAGCCGAGUGAAGAAGCAGGAGACGACAGCAGUGAGGAGAUUAAGAUUCCCACUCAACCAAGAGACGCUCGCCGCACCAGCAGCAGCAGUGCUGUGGCUGCCGCUGGUACUGUGCGAGGUCGAAGCAAAAGUUUGAGUGCUGAGCUCCCAGCUGCAACGGGCAGUUCUGUUGCCACAGCUGGCGGGGCUGAGAGCGGCUACAGCAGUGGUCGCGAGGAGAGUGGCUGA